AUGAGGAACUCAACGCCAAGACACACCCUUCUACGCAUUACUGCACUAUCUAGCAUCUUUACCGGUGCCUUUAGCUAUAUCUACGAUACUUCCUACGCAAAUCGCCUCGAUACAACCAAAACCAACGCCGGACCACUCACGACCGUCUUCACGCCGCCAGCAUCAUGUGCCACACCACACACAGAACUGCUAUACGGACGACCAGAUCUUAUCCAGGGAUGUGCGGGUCCCUACGGUGACGAGUGUUGUCCAGAAGGAUGGCGGUACGAUAGAUACUUUAGUCCCGGACAGUGUCCAGUGGGAUAUAAAACGUGCACGCUGCCGACGACAACGCAACGCGAUGAGACGACCGUUAUAUGCUGUCCGAGUGGGUUUGACUGCAAUGGACAGGACUACUGCGGCAAGACAUUCAACAGCGCACCCACAAUUACAUACUCAGACGCCACCCUCUCCGUCGUAACGACAGUAAGAGCCAUCACAGCAACCGGGAUCCAAGUCCGCUUUAAAGCUUCCGAAUCAAGUAUCGUCCCCAUCGUGGCUGAUUCUCUUAACCUGCCGCACGGUCCUUUACUGAGCAAGAGAGAUAAGGCCGGAAUUGGUAUCGGAGUUGGGGCUGGCGUGAUUAUUUUGGGUUACUUUGUCUUAGCCUGGGUGAAACGUUACCGUCGAUCGAAGGAGGCGAAUGUGAAUAGGACAGAUCCGUUAGAGACUGCACCGUCUUUGGGGCAGGAUGAGUCACCACCUGCUUAUUCGAGGACGAAGGUGUAG